AUGGACGGACUGGAAGGUAUCGACCGAAUGGGCAGAGUCAAACUCAGCGAUUUUUUCGAUGAGGAUGUACAACAGGACAAGUCUGUUGAUUCUCUGAGACUGUCGGCUUUGGAUGAACAGUGCUGGAUAGAUCUCGAACCUUUCAUUCAUCCUCAUCCGCAUCGUGUUCCCCUCAAUGCUUCUCUACCAUUCAUCUUCCAACUAUUCCGCGGACUUGGAUUGCGGUAUCUCACCGUGGUCAACGAUGAUAAUAAACUUCGUGGCAUCAUCACACGGAAGGAUGUCGCUCGAUUCAGAGAGCGUCGCUCGAAUAGAAAAUACCAAGUGCAAGAGCUGUACAUCGCCGAAGACAGAACGACCUAA